GGUAUCAUGCUAUUAAUGAAAUGUGCAAGCAGAGUGGAUGUUCUUGGAAUGAUGUUGAAAAAAAGAUUGCUUGUGAAUUUACAUGGUAUACCGAAUGGAUUAAGAUUCACAAAGAUGCUAAGGGCUUAUAUAAUGUCUCAUUCCCUUACUUUACGGAUUUGGAUAUGGUGUAUGGCAAGGAUCGAGCAACGGGAGAUGUGGCUGAAGAUCCACUUGCUGCUGAGCAGAAUUUAGGAAAUGCUACUGUUACUUUGACUGUGACAGAUGAGAGUGAUUCCAACACUGAAAUUGAAUUUUUAUCUACCAUGGAGUCACUGCCAUCUAAUUCUUCCAGUUCAUCUGCUGCCAAGAAAAAAUGCACUCAUCAAGUUCAUAAAGCUUCAAAGAAAACCAAGUUUGCACCAGUGAAGAAUGUUGAAACUGAGUAUAAGGAAUUUAAUGAUGAAAUUCGGGGUUUUAUGAAGAGUCUUGAUGGUCACCUUAGCACAAUGUCAACUUGGAUGCAAGGUACAACCUCAAGAAUGCCACAAGUUCUUGAACUACUAGAAAAGCAUGGGUUCAGUGGUCCAGAUAAGUACAAGGCUUCUAAAGUAAUUUGUCAAGAUCCUUUGAAUAUUGACUUGUUAUUCAGUUUAGAUUCCACUGAAGUGAGGGAAUAUGUGCUCACUUUAAUAUAACUAAAUUCGGUUAAGAUCCUGAUUUUGGCAUUGUUAUCCUCAACUAUUGAGGUUAAUGUUUAUGGAUAGGUUUAUAUUUUGCUUCUCAUAGUUGGUUUUGCAUUGAGACAUUUUAUUUUGUAUUAA